CGUGCCGUGGGGAUCGCAUUUAUUUUUGCUCUUCUUCUCUUGACGACACACAGCAUCAAUGGCGGCCGCUGGAUCGAAAGCCAGUCACGGUCACAGAUAAAGGAGUCAAACUUUGCUGCAUCUGUCACUCGGCUAUCUCCGCGCUUGGCUUGAUUUCGUUGUACCUUCACUGCGAGAUGGAUUUCCAUAGCAACAAUGGCGACGAUGCGAACAGCAUCAGCGAUAUGUGGCAUUGGCAGCGAGAAGAAGAAUAUUGCCUGUCCGGAGAUUCCCAACUUGGUUUACCUCAAUGUCUGUGGGAUGAUAGCAACGACAAAUGCGAGAGUCUGCAGCAUACGAUGGGAAAUCAAACUCCACUUCGAGAUUUUGGUCAUUUUGACUUAGACAUCUUGGAUUUGGGAGACGAAGGUGAAAAGGAUGUGGACGAAGCGCUAGGAGCACCAAGAGUUAAAAGGCGCCGGGUUCUACAUUUUACCUCUGAUGAUGAUGGUGGCACAGCCAACAAGGAGCAUCUGAGCGCUGGAGUUCAGGAGGACUCAGCGUCAGUAAAAGUAUGGACAGAAAAUUUACAGCCGAAUCCCGCAAGCUCAGAUGAUAGGUUUCUUUUCAGCAAUGAAGUCUUGGAUCCGUCCACAGAUGAGUGGCUGGACAACUAUUUCAAUGAUAGUGAGAUGUCUUCCAAUAUGAAUGAUCAAGUCAAACUCAAUAGUCAAAUUGAUGUUUCAGAUUUCCUCGAUGGAGAACCUGAUAAAAGGACUAAGCUCUUGCCCAACCACUCUAAAUCUGCUACUCUUAAAAUAUUCAAAGGCAGAAAAUCUCAUAUCAAUUCUCUGACAAAGUUAACUACCUCUGUUGCUUAUCCUUUUACCCUCGUCAAACCAUCUGAAGUUCAAGGACACUUGACUUUGAAGGAUUUAAAUCAGCGGAUUCUUGCUCCACCACCAUCAAGACCUAGAAAUGAGAUGGUUGAUGAUCCUUCAAUCAAUUAUCCAACCUCAGCUUUUUCUGGGAAGCCUGUUGUUGUGAAGACUAAGAUUCUCACUGAAGGAGGCAAAGGAAGCAUUACUAUUCUAAGAACCAAAGGUUGAGCGGAUAGUUUCCCUUUCUGGACAUUGGUGCUCAGUUCAGUGAGGCACCAAACAUGUUCAAAUAUUAAAAGCUGGUCUUACGUACUUAAACUGAAACAUCUUGUGUCGUGGAGUCUUUUGGAUUCUUUAUUUCUUUUAAUUUACUGGUUAACUGAUAUGGCUACUCUGCAGCUUCAGAUAGAAUUCAUUCUCUGAAUCUGAUCUGUUUAAUUGGCACUAACUUGCCUUUUCAUUCCAAUCAAAAUAUGCACUUGUGAAA